AUGCUAAACUUCCAAUGUGGGACUAAUCAUUUUUGUCUAUUUUAGUGCAUCCAUCUAGAGCGUUGAUAAGUCUUCAUUAUCAUGAGUUAAUAAUUAGUAAAUAAUAUAGUUUUAGCCUUAACUCAUGAUAAAUAGACUUAUAUUUGUGUUAAAGUGUGAAAAGUGGUUUUCAGUUGAUUAACGUGAAUUUUUAGGUAAUUAUGUGAUUUUAUACAAUUUUUAUAGUCUUACUUUUGAGAUAAAUGAAGGAAAAGAAAUAAAAAUAAAAAUAUAGCAAAAUGGGGGGGACUCGCCGGCCAGCCGGGCCCGCAAGCAGGUCGGAAGCGCAAUCAGGCAAGAGCUGCAAGUAAGGGCUCGAGCGACUUGAACCGAUGGGGGCACGUGUGUACCACUCCCCUUCCACGUUACUAAUGGCCAGCCGGCUGUGGGGCAAGGAGUGGUCAUACACACGCAAGAAAGGGACUUAAUCGUGAAUGUAAUAUUACUUUAUAUUCACCAGAAAUUUCGGUGCACAACCAAUGUGGGACUAAACCCGGGUCACCUUCCCCAGAAAGGGCGGGCAACUGGCACGGGCUUGAAUCCUUCUAGAGCUAAAACUCAUAUUUUUUUAUCUGAUUAUCGCGACUUUCCUGUAAAUCGCUAGUGAAGGAUUAAGCAACCAGAAUCGCUGGAUUAAUCGGCGAAAAUCUCGUCAACGCGAUUCGCGGAGCAUUGUUACUAAAAUUGCUGAAAGAUUUGCGAUAAAAAGAUCGCAAAUCCAUCGAGUAAAGCAUCUUCGAUUGAUCGACGAACAAACCGUCAUCGGGAAGAGGAUGAUCCGCCGGGAGAUGAGUCGUCACCUCUUGAGAGCGUACCGAAUGCGAUGAAGAGCCUCCUCUUGUUGCGCAGACCUAAAGAUGAAGCUCCCUGACACGCGCCCCACCUCCAUUCAGCUCUUCUCCGUCGGGUGACAGCCGUCGUAGAACCGCAAAGUUGCCGUUUUUCCGCUCCGCCAAGUGACAGCCACCAGAGACGAUUCAACGACCCAUUUCAUUGAUCUCUAAACUUCGCAAGGAGAUCUAGAGAUUGCCCACAUCGUCUUUGUCCAAGGAGAACCUUCAAGGCCGUGGACACUGCACGACGAUCCUCUCGAACGCUUAAGAUUCUGGUGCAUCGCCGACACAUCACAGUCGCGACGUCGGAACUUUAUUUUCCUACUUUCAAUUUAAUUUCUGUUUCAUUUAGUGAUAAUUUGUCUGAUUUUAAUUUACCAAAACAUACUUCAUUCAAUUACGAUUCUUCUGGCUUUUACAUAUCUUAAUUUGAUCAAUUAAAUUGUCUGUAAUCACUUACGUAAGAAUCAUCAGGCGGAACUCUAUUUCCGCCCGAUUCGCAUUCGUCGGGCGCUAACGUCAUCCUAAUGUACGCACCCUUAUUUCUCUUUUUCGUGAAUUUUAAAUAUAUUUCCUUUUCAUUUACUAGUGUAAAAUUCAUAGAAAAUAGUAUUCUUUGAGAAAAAUUCUGAAUAAUUACCAGAUGUUAUAUUACAUCCUUGUGAUCGACUUGGAAAGUUACCACUAUUUUUAGAAGUUUUAUUAAAUUAUAAUUGAUAUAUUUGUUCAGAAAUACUUCUAAAUAUCUAAAAAUUUAUAUUUUCUAGUUUUAUAAAUUUUAAAUUUACGUGAUUUACUAUACAACGACUAAGUCACGUCAAGCGUGGUGUGAUCUAGUGGUGUUCAACGAGCCACAUCAUCCAAUUAGCUAGAUCCUACGGCUAGCAAACUGCCACGAUAUCAGAUGCAUAAAGUGAUCCAUCAACGAUUCACGAAUUUGAUGCCACACAAUACACACAUGGCUUUAAAAUAUGAUCUGAUCACUAAGGAGUCACCACGGCACCAGAAACUUAAGUUCUUAGUCGGCAACAGUUCGUGGCUAGUUGAUCCUACGUCACUUAGUGUAGCAUGUGACCAACCACAUUUGAUCCAGCGGCUUGUGAAGUGCCACAAUACUGAGAACUUAAGUUCUCGCAUGUAUCACUAUUAAGGAUAUAAAGAGAAUAAUUGAUUAUUAUUUAGUAAAAUAGAUAUUAUCAAUUAUCUUUAAAAUUCCAACAGUAGUCGCAAGUACGACAAUCUAUUUUCUCCCUCUUUUUGUGCGAUCAAUGCCUCUGACAAUCGGCAAAACUCAUUCCUGCUUCCCCUAACUACACUCAAAGCCUCUGACAAGUGGUCAGCUCUUCCCUUCUCCCCCUAGACAACGGUGACAAUAUAGUCGACCUCUCUUUCAACGGAUCUCUCCAACAAGUGAUGCAGUGCUUUCAAAUGAUACUUCUACAACUUCCAGUGUAAUAUGACAUGUCUAGAUGAAAUCAAGUCACCACAUCAGUGUCUCUAGUUGCCCAAGAGGUAGACUAAAUUUGAGCAACAAUUUGUUUCUUUGUUUCAGCAUUUACUUACUUGAUUUUAUCAUUUAUUUACAUUUUAUGACAAAUUAUUUAUUUUUUAUGCAUGUUUCGAUUGAAAUCAGUAGAACUAAUUCAAAACUUGAUGAAUGAUCUUCAUUCUUCUUUUGAAUCCUCCGAGACUCAUCUAAGAUUAAGCUAAGAUCACCUCCAACUUAUUUUUUAUUAAUUUUCACAGUCAAUCUUGACAUAUUCAAGUUUCCACUGUUCUACGAAUAACAAGUAUUUUUUUAUUUUUGAAUGUAAAAUCACCAAGAUUAAAGACUGAUUAAUGAGCGUUCAACUAUUAAAAUAAAUUAGAGAUAUUCAUGGAUGACCUCAUGUCAUGUGUGUGAAUAUUCGAGCACACAUUCGUCCGAGAAUAAUGGUCAGUGUGAAAAUGAGUUGACCAUAUUUUUCUCUUUCUUCAUUUUGUCUUAUUUCUCUCUUCCUCUCUUGUGAGACAUAUUUUCUCUCAAUCAUAUUUCGCUCUCGUUGACCAUAUUUCUUCGUCUCAUGUGAGAUCUCUCCCUUUUUCUCCCUCUCUUUCUCAAUCGAUCUUCUUCUCUCUCCUCUCUCUCUCAUGAGACUUUUCUUUCUCUCCAUCUCACGUGAAAUUUCUCUCCUCCUCUCUCUUUCUCUCCCUUUCGCAAGAGAUCUCAUCCCUUCUCUCUUUCGUGAGAGCUCUCUUUUCUUUCUUUUCUUCCUUCUUUUCCAUGCUUUCCUUCUUUUAUUCUUCUCACCUCACCUUUUUAUUUUAUUAUUUUCAUUAAAUGUUAAUAAAAUAUUAAAAUCACUUUAUAUAUAAACUAAAUUAGUUUUCAUGACAGAUUAAUCAAUCUCCUAUGUUUGACUUGAGGCUUACUUCUAUAUUAAUAUUUUAUUAUAUCUUAAAUAUAAAUAUUAUUAGAUAAUGUGCAUUUAAGCACAAUGACAAGUGCACACCAAUAAUGUUCUCUAUAUAAAAUCUAUAAGAACAUUGAGAGUUCUUUGAAAAUUGAUGAAACUUUACAAAGACAUUUAUGUAAUAAUUUUGAUGUAAUUCAACCCUUUCUAAGUCCAAAUAUUCCAACAUUCUUUCAUGAAUGAAAUAUAAACUGUUGCUACAUUGUAAUGUUUAUUGCAUUAAUAUAGAUUCAUGUAGCAACGUAUUUAAAAAUUAACCUCAAUCUUAGUUUAGCUGUAUAUGUCUAUUUGAGAUCCUUAUUAUAUUAGUGAGUUUGAUGUCAUGAUAACUAGUGGAUUCAGUGUAUUCUAUUGGGCCAUGUCUCUAUAAUGAACAUCAUGCCUUGUAAUUUCUAGAAAAAAUCAAGAGAUUAUCAAGGAGCUCAGCACUCCUAUUGGUUCAUAGGAUCUUCUCUUCCCUACGAAGUACACCUAAAGUUUUGUCCUCUAGUGCAUAGUUUACAUUUGGAAAUAAUAUUGAUCCUCUUGGUGGAACACCUACAACAUCAUCAAAUGUUAUAUUUUGUUUUGUAUUUUAGGAAUAAAACCCUAAAAUGGAUGGUUAAACUAUGCCAAAAAUGAUAGAGAAUGGUUGAGGAGAAGAGGAAGUGAGGAGGAUCCUACAAGCUACUCAUGAACCCUAAAUCGAGGAGAGACAAAAAUAUUACCAAAUUGAUUAAAAAAAUAGGAGUGUCUUUAUAAAAGAGUUAUUUAAGCAAUAAAAAAAUAAAAAAACUAGGUUUAAAGUGGGUCUGCCCAAAAAUCAACUUUUGACCACUGUUGUUUUCUCUAGUGCGCCAUAAAGUUUGAAUAAUUCCUUUCAAUGCGAAGUUGGUGAUGCCGAUAAUUCACAAAAUGAUGAAAUUUUGAUAGCUUAAUUUUGUUUUAAAUCCAUUAGCAACUUGAUCAUUUUUUAAGAAAAACUUCAUCUUGAUCUUAGUCUGUUAGAUCUUAGUCUGUUAGAAUCUAUUUUAAGUCAUUUUAGAAUUAGUUAAACUUUGUCCCUAAGAUCUGUCAAGAUCCUUUUUUUGGAGAACACCCAACCUACUUUCUAAGCCUAUAUAAAGGCCCUCAUUGUAAUUAGAGAGAGAUACCUUUUUAGUUGAAUCACCUUUCUCCACUAUGAAAACCUCUCCCUCUUGCUUGUGGAUUCAAGCACUUCCUUGUGGAUUCAAGGGUUGAAGACUCUGAAUCAAUAGAUUCAAAGACAGGUUUCUUCUCUAAGAUUGGAGCUUCGUGGAUUCAAGCUAAUAUCUUAUUUAUCUUAUGUGUUACUGUUGUGUCAAUGAUACACUCAUUGAAUGAGUUUUGUCUCGGAUGUUCUGUAUAUGCUUCCAAAGAGGUGGAGGUGGUGCUACUAGACAUCGCCGGUGGCUUGGACAAUCUAUGGGCUGAUAGUGUCUCAGUUUAGGGACAGCGAGGAGAUGCUUUGAAUCCUAGGACAACCUAGCAUGACAAUCAAGGACUUCUUGAAGGAGGUGCCAGGCUAUGAGCGUAGUUUCUUAGGGUAUGUGGCAGUGGCCCACAUUGGCUUUGUGAUUUUCUUCUCCUUAAUCUUCACCUUUGGCAUCAAGUUUCUCAAUUUCCAAAGGCAGUAGGGGUAUGUACUUUGUGGGUAAUUAUGUGAUAAAAAGAAUAAAUAAAUAAUAAAAGAACCACUGACUAUAAUCCUCACAAUAGCAGAGUUAAGAGAGAAUUCAGAGACGUUUUAACCCAUAUGGAUAAGCAAAGUAGAACUCAAUUAUAUGAUUUCCUUAACUACGUGAAAAAGGAUGAAAAUCAAAAUGUUCUUGGUAACGUUAGAGACCUGCUUUUCUCCAUUUUUCCUUUCAAAAAGUGUGAAUGCUCCUUAGAACAUGUAAAUGCUCUUUCUUCAUUUCUCGUAGUUACAGCGCAUUCAAACCUUCCUUGAACUUUUGGUUCGAUAUGAUGUUUAUCAUUCAAGUCAAGAGAGUCAUACAACCUUAAAAAAGCUAUUAACUUUUUAGCAUUCACUGUUCCAUAAAACCAGCGCAAACCAGUGGUAAAUAAAUGCUUUAGAACGUUCAUAAAUAUCAAGAGUAGUGGUUAGUGUUAGCUAAAAUUCAUGCAUUUGAAGUGAAAAUGUAUCAUUCUAAUAUUGUUUAGUUUGACUUUAUAAAAAUAAUCAUUCUAUUAUUGUCAGGGGCAGUACAUACAGAUUCCCAAAGAAGCAGGGAACCAUUAAUAGCGUUGCUGGGUCAAUGGACUAGUUUCAUCUUAAUCAUUCCCUUUACGCUUCAGGAAGCAUGAGCCCCCUCGUCCUGGACAAGGAUACGAAGUCUUAUACUAAGUCAGGAAAUGCGAGCGUUUACCCAUAGUCAACUAGUUAACCUGAGGAUGCCAGAAAAGGGUGUCAGGCAAAGUUCCGUCCAUAACUACGCUUGUCGUUCCAGCGGAGUGAUUUGACCAGCAAAUCACUGUCCAAUAAUUCUAUAGGUGGUCCAUUAGAUUGUUCCAGCUGAGAGAUUUAGCCAACUACUUGACUGGCCGCAGAUAGGGGAGCCCUGUGUACGGAAGAGACGAAAAGACCCUUGUAUUGGGAAUUCGUGGCGCCAUGUCCCAAGCCUUACCAUGUUUGGAGCUCACUUCUUUCCUCCCACUCGUUCCAGCGUGGGGAAGGCAGCGAGCUAGAUUGGUGGCCCCUGCGAGGGGAUGGCGAGCUCCUACCUCUUCGCCGGCACCGCCGGGCCCUCCCUCCCAGAUGCAGCUGCUGCCGGGGCCGCCGCUUCGGCGGCCGCCGUUCGUGCGGUUCUGCGGACCCGGCUCCCCUUCGCCCCCUGCCCCUCUCCUCUGCCUGCCUGCCUCGCUCCAGUAUCUCAGGAAUCACUUCAUACUCGUCUCACGCGUCUGCCCAGCGUGCGACCAACCCCCUCCGCCGCUGCCGCCGAUUCCGCGGAUUCGGCAGCCUCCUCUCGGCAGCCCCAGCCAUUCUCUGUUCUCUUCGUCUGUCUCGGUAAUCUUCCUCCUAUUUCUCUCUCUCUCUCCCUCUCUUCUUGCCCUUUCUGGAAUCCUUCAUUUCUUCUUAACGUGAUCUAGGGAAUAUCUGCCGCAGCCCGGCGGCAGAGGGCGUUUUCAGCAGCCUGGUGACCAAUAAGGGGCUGGACGCCCAUUUCAAGAUAGACUCCGCCGGCACCAUCGGCUAUCACGAGGUCUUCCGUCAUCCUCUUCUUCGUGGUGGAGUUCCCCCUGGGAAUCUGGGGUAGUGACAGCAUUUUCAUUGUGUGAUUCCUUUCUUCUGUGUUCGUGUUGGAAGGGCGAUCUGGCCGACCCGCGGAUGAGGGCGGCAUCGAAGAAACGGGGGAUCGAGAUAACGUCCAUAUCAAGGCCCAUUCGGCCAUCAGACUUCAAGGACUUUGAUCUGAUUCUGGCCAUGGACUUGCAGAAUAAAGGUGCUCAAAACCUUGAACUUUUUGGACACCCAGAUAAAGGAACGGCAGCCGACGGUUCCUGUGAAAAUCGUCAACACGCUGCUGCUAAUCUGCAUUCCUUCUUCCGUUCUGUGAACUGUCGAAUAAAGCUCCUUCAACCAUGCUCUCAGGUCUUGAACUCGUUAGAACUCCUGAUCCCAGGUAGAACGAGCUCUAUGGUUUCAAGCCUCGGUUAAACCACGCAUUCCCCGUAGAAAUCUGUGUGAACGACAGCAGGCGGGUCAUCUAUUUCCUCGAAGUCCUUCCUGAUUUCAGGGUUCUGUCGCCAAUAAUCCUUCGGUUAUCGGCUGAUACAUUGGUUACCCCUGUAAAUUAUCCUCUGAAAUGACCUGUAAAUAAGAAGUGGGCAAUUUUGGGCCCCUGAUUUCCCCUGGGAGGAAUCAUUCUUUUCUAUGCUUUCCUCUCCAAGCCACUGUGGCCUGUCAUCUCCAAGCCGCUGUCUAUCACUUCAUGAAUUAAAUCAGUAUUAUGCUGUAAGCGAGAAAAGUGGAAUCCUGAGCCGUUGGAUUCAUCUGGGGAUGCUCUCUUCUUUCUUCUUUCUUCUCCGCGUCUUCCCUCUUUUUCUGCCGUUCUGACUUUGAUCUUGCGACUGCCAGAUGAUAUAUUGGCCAAGUACGAGCUAUGGAGCUUCAAGGAACCACUCCCAGCGGAUGCCCAGAGAAAGGUUGGUGAACAAAUUUCUCAAAUGUUUUUGCAUCUUUGAUGCACUUUCCUGGGUUGGCAUCCUUUUUGUUCGAAUUUUUUUGGUUCAUGAACUCUGUGGCUUCUCCAUUGAAAUCUAUGGAGUCUGAUAGGAUCCCUUGACUGGGGCCAAAAUCGAGGUAGAAACAAGAGGGAAAACCCUCAAAAGAGAUGAAGAAACAUCAUUAAUAUAUAUACACAUAUUUAUAUGCAUGUAUUAUAUAUAUAGAGAGAGAGAGAGUAGGGUUUCUGGAGAAGGACUAGAACCAGUUUGAGGACGAGUUCGAGACUGCCAUCAGCUCUCCCGGAUGACUUCUUCCACCAAAAUGCCCACAUUGAGGGCCCCAAAGGGUCCUUAUACCCUACCCCUUUAAUGGUCCCUGGCCCAACUAUAUCUUAACCUUCCUUUUCCGAACAGUGGUAAUGGUAUUGGGCCGACACAAACCAUUUAUUCUGACUCUUUUCAAAUUCAAUAAAUUUUGGUUGAUCAUAUAUCUCACUAUAGUUUUAUGAUUCAGAGUACCAUUUCCUAUUUGAUCCUUUGAAUUCCAUAUUCGUAGUUUGUUAUUCUCCUAUUUUUGAAAUAACGGACUUACAGGGUCAGCUGCUUAACUACAGGGAAAGGCGAAAAAUCGAAAUGAAAUAAUGAAUAAAACAAAAUAAAAUAAAUUUUAAAUCAAUAAGUAAAUAAAUAAGUAUAAGUAGAAGAAUCCAGAUCCCAAAUGAACAUAUUCAAACUUGAAAAGGAUCUUUCUUAUUUUCAAAGAAUGAUGAACAAGGGGAUUGAACAAGGAAGAUCUCUUGUUCUUAUUGUGAAAUUAUGAUUUCAUCCGCAUAUGUUUUGUAAAUAAUCUUCUCCUUUGAUCACAAUCAAAAAUGAAAACGUGACUGAAUUGAUGUUAGUUACUCUUCAGGAAUAAGAAAGAUCCUUUGCUUAUUCUCGAAGAGUAACAAGAGGGAAAACCUUCAGAAGAGAUGACAAGGUCGCCUAGGUGGGUCUGACUUGGAUAGAAUGGUAGAAGAAUUAUAUCUCAAUCUCUAAUAGGAUCACAGAAGACGAUCUGAUUACCAAAUGGGCCACGUCAGUGACGAUCUGAGGGUCUCUCUUCUCUUAAAUUGCCCAUGUGGGACCCACAAAAAAUCGCAGGAAGCUGGAAAAAAAAAAGAGAAUGGGUAGAAUACAUUAAAUCAGAAAACCAGGUGUCGCUGUUCUGGGACAAGGUUGACUACCGGAGUUGCUAAAUUAUGGCCGGGUAGUCACUGACCUGUUCUCAUCUUUUGCUGUUGUUCUGAACAGGUUAAGCUGAUCUGCUCCUACUGCACGAAACAUAGGGAGACAGAAGUGCCGGAUCCAUACUAUGGUGGCCCGCAAGGGUUCGAGAAGGUGAGAUCUCUGCAUGCGUAUGCUUCACUUGAGAGAAAUUCACCACCUUUUUGGGGGAUCCUGUUCAACUGAUGUGUGCUGGGUUCCCCGACUUCUCAAUAUUUGGACUUUAUCAAGCAACUCAGAUACGGGUGGCCAUCAGAUAUGUAUUCCCUCGGAAUAGAUGUAGUGAAACAUCAUCAAAACUAGUGGGGUAUCAAUAGGCUCGUUUGGGCAUCAGAUCAGACUCUUGCACUGGGAAAAGCUCAUGAAAUCUAGUCUGAAUUUAUUUUGUGUUUCUUUCUCUGCGUGUGGGGUAGGAGGCGUGUUAGAGAGAGAGCGAGAGAGAGAAACAUUGGUCUUGUGUUUUCUGGCUGGAUGUGAUCAAAGCCAGGUAGUGGCCAUGAUUUUGUUUAUUUGACAAGACUUUUGAUUGCACCAACUUAAUACUGUGGAUUUUGCACAGGUUCUUGAUUUACUUGAAGAUGCUUGUGAUUCAUUACUCGACAGCAUCUUGACGCAAAGUGGCCACAUAUCCAGUUCAUAGAUCCUAUGGUUUGAGGUCUCUCUCUCUCUCUCUCUCUCUCUCUCUCUCUCUCUCUCUCUCUCUCUCUCUCUCUCUCUCUCUCUCUCUCUCUCUCUCUCUCCCUCUCCCUCCCUCCCUCCUUGGCAGAUCAUCAAAGGAGAAGAUGCUCUAUGAUUCUCUAUGGGGUAUUAUUCUCUCCUCUCCUUCCACCAUUUAUGGUUAUUAUUUUUUAUCAAUAUUGACGGAUCACAAAAUGAUCACAAAGAUGAUCUAAUGGCGAAAAGGGUUAUUUGAGUGAUGAUUUGUGGGUCCCUCUCUUCUCUUAAAUGCCCCAUUACACUCGAAAUUGGUGAUUAUCUAUGUUGCAAGUUCUCUAUCUGUUCUAAUAUAUUUGCAACAUUAAUUAAAUCUAGAUAAUGUCUAAAUUUCUCUACUAUGACGAUCUUUGUUAACAUAUUUGUGGUAUUUUCUUCUAUGUUAACCUUUUUUAGAAAGAUAUUUCUAGAGUUUAUUAACUCACAAAUCUUAUGAUACUACACAUCAAUAUGUUUCAAUUGUAUAUAAUAAGCUUAAUUUUUUGCUGAGUAAAUGAUACUUUAAUUAUUACAAUGUAUAGUAAUUUUAUCUUGUGAGAUCAUAAGUUCACUCAACAACUUUUUCAAUCACAAGAUCUCUUUGAUUAAUUUAAUAGUUGUCAUAUAUUUUGUCUCAAUUAUAGAUCGUGCAACAUUAGAUUGAAGUGUAGAUUUCUAACUCAAAAGUCCACCCAUCAUAGUGAAAACAUAAUUUAUCAUAAAUUUUUGAUGAUCUAAAUUUUCAACAAAAUUUGUAUCAAUAAUAGAAUUUAAGUUUUGUUUGUCAAAGAGAAUUUUCAAAUCAAGAGAACUUUUUAGAUAUUAAAGAAUCUAUUUUACUCAUUUCUUGGAUUAUUUAUAAACUUACUCACAAGUCUUAUUAUAUGGGUAAUAUUUGACUUUCGUUCAAAUCAUAGCAUAUAUGAGAUAGUCAAUUGUCCUAACAUAGAAAAAUUAUUUUACUCAUAUAAUAGAAUUUUUGAUAAAAAAUUUACAUCAUAAUUUUUUGAUAAAUUUUUAUAAAUAAUAGAGUUUUACUCAUAUAAUAUUUUACAUCAUAAAUUUUUGAUGAUCUAAAUUUUCAACAAAAUUUGUAUCAAUAAUAGAAAUAAAGUUUUGUUUGUCAAAGAGAAUUUUCAAAUCAAGAGAACUUUUUAGAUAUUAAAGAAUCUAUUUUACUCAUUUCUUAGAUUAUUUAUAAACUUACUCACAAGUCUUAUUAUAUGGGUAAUAUUUGACUUUUGUUCAAAUCAUAGCAUAUAUGAGAGAGUCAAUUGUACUAACAUAGAAAAUUUAUUUUAUCUCAACAUUCUCUCAUUAAAUGUCAAACACACAUUAGAGGAAUAUUGACUGCUUACAUUAUCUAUGUCAAAUAGAUCUACCACUUUUGAGAGAGAACAUUUUUAAGUCAACAAUAGUUGACCUCUCUCUUGAUCUCUAUAGAUCUUUGUAAGAUCUUUUUUACUAUAUUAAAAUUUUUGAUGUUAAAAUUCUUACAAUCUGAUGUAAGUUUUUCAUAAUAAUAAAUAUUUUGUUAAUAUAGAGUAUCAAAAUAAUUCAAGAAUUAUCAUAAAAAAUUCUCAUAUAAACACAAUAAUCAAACCCGCACUUGAGAUAGUCAAUUUGCAUCAUAUAAGAGUCAAAUUUUUUAUAUCAUUAUCUCAAUAACUAUUUUAACUCAUAAAGUAACUUUCUCAAUUGACAAAUAAAAUGUUUUGAUCCCUACACAACAAAGCUCUCAGGCUUUUACAUAUAAAUCAUUUCCUCCAAAUCUUCAUAAAGAAAUAUUAUGUUCACAUAUAGUUACUGUAACUCCAUAUUUUUAUGUGCAAUAAUAGUUAAUUCUAGUUGAAUAGAUGUGUAUUUCACAACAUACGAAAAGAUUUCAUUAAAAUUGAUUAUUUUACUUAUGUGUAAAAUCUUUUACAACGAGUCUUAUUUUGUACUUUGGCUAAUCACAAUCAACCACUAGAACCUUCUUCUAAUAAAUUCACUUACAACCAAUGGGUCACUUCCUUAUAAUUAGAUUAACCAAGUCCCAUGUGUGGUUCUUGUUCAAAGAUACUCGUUCUUCAGAGAUUGUCUAUAGUCAAUUUGUUUUUUAAGACAACUAAUCACUUCCGAAUAAGACAUUAGCUUAUUAUGGCCUACAAACAAAGUGAAAACAACAUAGUCAUUUACACAAGCAAGAGGCCUCAUCUCACACAUGCCUCAUCUAGUAGUAAUACAAUUAUAAACAUUUAAUGAGUUUUCAACUCGAUCUUCACCUCUCACUAAAUUGAGUGGACACUUCACUAUCUCCACCUCCACCCACAUUAUGUAUGCAAUACGAGUAUCAUUAGAUUUUUAAUCAUCUACUCUUGAGAAAAUAAUUUCAACAUAUGAUCUUCAUAAAAUAUCACAUCCUUACUAAAAAUAAUCUUCUUCGCUCAAAGUCAAUACCUCUUCAUGUCAUUACUAUAGUCCAAAUAUAUGAAAAGAGAGAAAGAGAGAGGAGUAAAUCUCACGUGAGAUGGAGAGAGAGAAAGGUCUUAUGAGAGAGAGAAGAGAGAGGAGAAAAUCUUACGUGAGAUAGAGAGAGAUAGAAAGAAAGAGAAGAAGAUCGAUUGAGAGAGAGAGAGAGAAACAAGACAAUUAUAAAGAAAGAGAAAUACAGUCAAUAGAUGAAGGAGUUUCGUUUCAUCAGUGACAACUCCAUAUCUAAGUAUGCUCUAAAGAGCUACAUGCUUGGGAUGUCGUUCUUGUCUAUAGAUAUUGCAAAUGGAUGAGCUUUCGACUUUUCGUAAGGCACCUCAAGAUCUCCUCUCACUUGCUACCCAAUGUAGAAUGAGUUGAAAGUGUCGAUGAACUCGUUCACCUCACCAAUACAUACAUGUUAGGUUGUUGAUUGUCAGUCCAAUACUAUUGCCGAUCUUUUCUAGACAUUAUCUCUUGAAGAAAGUCAAGGACUUCUUUUCUUUUAGGGCUUUUGAAUCCCAUGAACUCAAAGAACUCAAGGACCUUCUCAUGUGAACCCUGAUAUAUGAUCUUCCCCUCUAACAACAAGAUAAUGUCAUCGAAAAGGUCAAAGGUCUCAUGUGCUGACUAAAGAAGGGAGAUAACCAUGGUUGCAUCUAAUGUGUGAACAACCUAUCUCAAAGGUGGUGGAGGUGUCCAAGCCAUUAGAUAUCUCAUCAAUAAAUAGAGCUCUUACUGGUUCAACCAACAUCUCUCUUGCAGGUAGGGGGAUUGGGCAGUGGCAUUGUAUGGUCAUAAAAUAACUGUCUACAACUCGAACUAGAAAGGAAGUGGUUCUAUAGUAAGAAUUAGCUCAUGUUUGAGUCAUUGACCGAUCCAACCUUAACCCAUUUGAUAUAAAAACAAAUAUGGAACAAUUCUAACUUGGAAAAUAGGUUUAGGAAUAAUCGAAUGAAAGGUAUGCUUCUAAGGUACAUACUAAUAGGCAGGUUGGACUCUUCCCAUGUUCAAGCCUAGUGUCACUAUGAGGAGUGUCACACCAGGCCUUAAGAAAAUUGAAAGAAGUGGUCUAAACUCCUUAACUUAGAUUUAAUUGGAGAGAAAUGAUUAGAAAUUAUACAUGUCAAGAAAGGGUUUAAUCAGUUUUGUGGAUUUUCAAUAGUAUUUCAGAAGCAACUUUACAUAUUUUUGUUACCUUUGUAAAACACAUAUAAGAACUACUGCUCUUUUCAUCGUGCACAGUAGUACUACAUGAGAUGAUAACCUUUGUAUUGCUUCACUUUUCUCUUGGAAGCUCUCAAGAAAGAGAAGAAGAGGUCAAGACCUAGCAAAGGGAGGUCGGUCCCAAUUAUGCUGGCCGUCAGACUGGACAGAAAAUGAUAGGGAAGUCUAGACUUGGGUUUGUUGAAUGGUCGAAUGUUGGGAAAUGUAGUUACAGGUUUUGUAGCCUGCUAGCACAGUGAAAAGUAGCAUAGGCUCUAGAGCCAGAAGGUUGUGGCAACUAAUAAACAUUUUAUUAUGAAUAUCUCCACAAAUUGUGAUCCUCAACAAUAUCAUCAAGCAGUCAAAUUUUGUCACUGGUCCAAGACAAUGAUAGAUGAAUUAAAUGUAAUGCUUUAAAUCAUAUAUGGUCAGUUGUACUUUUACCUCAAAAUAAAAGUUCUAUUAGCUAUUGUUGGGUUUACAAAACUAAAUAUCAUUUGAAUGGAUAUAUUGGGAGAAAUAAAGCUCAAUUAGUUGCCAAAGGCUAUGCUCAAUAAACUACUAUUAUACUUUUGUUAGCUUUUGCGGUUAUGCAACAUCGACAUCCCAUCUAACUUUAUGUGAAUAAUACUUUUCUUCAUGUAGAUUUGUUAGCAGAAGCCUAUAUGAAUUUGACUAUUGGUUUUCAUGUCACAUAACAACAAUCUAAUCAACAUGGCAAGUUUGUUUGCAAGUUACAUAAAUCUCUUUAUGGUCUUAAAUAAUCAUCUCACCGGUUGUAUUCUAACUUUCUACCUCUCUUACUGAUUUUAGGUUUAUUUAAUCCAAAUCAGAUUAUUCUCUUUUCACAAAGGGUCAUGAUAGCUCAUUAGUGGCAUUAGUUUUGCAUAUUGAUGACAUACUUAUUAUCAGUCCCAAUAUGUCUCUUAUUGAUGAGUUCAAUUUUUUUCUUCACACUCAUCUUCAUUUAAAGGAUCUUGGUACCUUAUGA